AUGGCUAUCUCGAGAGGCCUGGUCGCCUUUAUAAUACUAAUAUCCUUUUUUGCACAGAUAUGGAAUUCUCGAGUCAGGUCGAAAGUGAACUUGAAUGAAAUAUACUCGCAUUCGCUAGAGAUCGUGGCUAAGCGUGACAAUUCUCAUUUGAUGGACCUCGAAUUGGCUAAGCUCAAACCUGCUUCCAACUCAUAUGUGCGUGAGCUCUUUCCCAAACCAAUCUCUGAAACUCCCCAAUUAGAGAAUGCUACCAUUUUAAUGCUAUGUCGAAACUGGGAACUUCCUGGAGUCCUCAAAUCAAUGAGAUCUUUGGAGGAUCGAUUCAACAAGGAUUACCAUUACACCUGGACAUUUCUGAACGACAAGCCAUUCACAGAGAGAUUCAAGGAAGCCACUACAUUCAUGGCUAGCGGAAAGACUCAAUAUGGAUUAAUAUCGCCUGAAGAUUGGGAUGCUCCUUCGUUCAUAAAUGUGACCAAGUGGGAAGAGUGUUUGCAGGAUUUUGAAGACCGCAACGUGAUUUAUGGCGGGUCCAAGUCAUAUAGAAACAUGUGCCAUUUCAACUCAGGAUAUUUUUAUAAACAACCAUUGGUGCUACAGUACGACUACUAUUUCAGAGUGGAACCCGAUGUCGAGUAUUUCUGCGACUUUCAAAUGGACCCUUUCCGUUUGUUUCGUGAAAAUGGAAAGAAGUACGGGUUUGUGAUUUCUCUGAUUGAGUACGAAGACACUAUACCUACUCUAUGGGAGGCCGUGGAGGAUUUUAUGAAUGCGAAUCCAGAUAUGAUACAUCCGGACUCCAUGUUAGAUUUCUUGACCGACGACAAACCGAUUGGAGCAGAGUACCUCGUCGUGGAACAUAAUUCUUCGUACAAUCUGUGCCAUUUUUGGUCCAAUUUUGAGAUUGGAGACCUCAACUUCUUCCGUUCUAAAGAAUACGAAACUUAUUUCAAGUUUCUAAGCCAAACCGGAGGCUUCUACUAUGAGCGCUGGGGAGAUGCACCUGUGCACUCGAUUGCAGCCGCGUUGCUUCUCAACCGGUCAGAAAUACACCAUUUUGAGGACAUUGGCUACACCCACGUUCCCUUUGCGACGUGCCCGGAAUCUCAAAUGCUGCGCAUUGGAAAACGAUGUAUAUGUGCGGACUCAACGAAAACCGAUAACAUCAACUUGGUCCCGCAUAGCUGCCUGCCACGCUUCUGGAGAUACGCUGGGAAAAGAUUCCUGAGAGAAUACUACCAUCCGGAAGAUUACCAAUAA